GUUCCGGUCAAAGGACGAUAGACCACGUGAGCUAGCAGCUGAGUGCCACGUGAACGCUCACGGAUCCUCAUGCGCAUAGUAACGAUGGCAGGUAAAAAAAAAUAUCGUAUACCGAGUUUCGAGGCACGAGGAAAAGGAAUCCUAUUUCAAACUGUCAAAUUUCAACGACCAGUCUCUGAAAGAACUGCAAAGAUUCGACUGCUUGCGUAACCUAAUUGACAAAAGCAUAUGUUAUAUAUAUAGAAGCAGGAGCAAAAAUGAGAUCACAGCUCAGUCUCUGACUCACUCUCUCUUCCGAGUUACGAAGUUAGAGUGAAAUGGCGAUGAAGGUAUAUGGAAAUGGGAUGUCAGUGUGCGUGGCACGUGUGCUUCUAUGCCUUCACGAGAAGGAGACUGAGUUCGAGCUUGUCCCCGUCGAUCUCUUUGCUUGCCACCACAAGCUCCCUUCUUUCCUCUCCAUGAACCCCUUUGGCCAAGUUCCAGUUCUACAAGACGACGACCUUACCCUUUUUGAGUCGAGGGCAAUCACGGCAUAUAUAGCAGAGAAACACAAAGACAAAGGAACGGAUCUGACGAGACAUGCAGACGCUAAAGAAGCAGCCAUUGUGAAGUUGUGGUCGGAAGUGGAGUCCCACCACUUCAACCCCGCGAUCUCCGCCGUCAUCCAUCAGCUUAUAGUUGUGCCGCUUCAAGGCAAGACUCCUGAUGCAGCCAUCGUGGAGGAGAAUCUGGAGAAGUUAGGGAAAGUGCUCGAUGUGUACGAAGAGAAGCUCGGGAAGACAAAAUACUUGGCUGGAGAUUCUUACACACUCGCGGAUCUCCACCACGUUCCUUACACUUACUACUUCAUGAAGACGUGUCAUGCUGGUUUGGUCAACGACCGUCCUAAAGUCAAGGCGUGGUGGGAAGACCUUUGUUCUCGUCCGGCUUUCCUUAAAGUCUCACCUGGCUUGACCGUUGCUCCGCCAACGAACUGAUCCAAAGAUUCUCUCUACAUCUUGUCUUUAUGUUUCUCUGAUAAGGUGGUGGUUGUUUUUCUUUUGCAUUUACUAUUGUCUUGAAGGUUUUAUCAUUGUAAUCAAAAGUUAUUUGUAAAUGUAAACGCAAUACAAAUUAAAAAAAAAAACUAUGUAUGUUUGCGUUUACAUUUUACAAAUAAGUUUGGUGAAUUUAAAAACAAAUAAAUACCUUGAUUCUGAGAGUU